AUGAACAACGUCGAACAGUUACUAGAAUCCCCGGUAUUCAACGAAUUCGUCGCCAGGACUGAUGGCGCGUUCCACUCGAUUAGACUCGGCUUGAAAGAAGGCUGGCAAGAAGGAAAACAAGAAUCAUCUACCGAUGGGAAAUCAUCCAAAGACGAUCAAGAACCGCAAAAGCCCAACAAGACAACUCAAGAAUCAAAGUCCAGUUCAAGAGAUCGUCGAAAGACAGUUUAUUCAACCGAGCAAACACGGGAGUCGAAAACGACAACAGAUCAGGACAGAAGCAGGCUCGACACAGAACAGAAACUGCAAGAGCUACUCGAAAAGCUUCGUCGUCAGCAACCCAAAUCAUGA